UAACUCAUGGCAUACACACACGGCAGCGGCAAAAACAGAGCGCGCACACCCAAUACACACACAGACACUCAAACAGAAACAGAAACAGACACACGCAUACAUACGUACAACACUCACUCACGCACGCACACGCAUACAGAGUGAAACAGAGUGUAUUUGUAUGUACAUAUUAAACAAAAAUUAAAGCGCCAAUUGUAAAUGGCAAUGAAGAAUUUGCAAUGAGUAUCUGAAAAUUGCAAUUAAUUGCAAGCGCUGGAAUAAGAAAGGAAAACGAAACAAAUCGCUGGUGAAAAGUGCAAGUGAAAAGUGCCUAUAAGAAGCAGAAAUUCACACACAAAUACGCGCACACGCAUACGCAAACAACACACACACACACACACACACAUACGCACGCACACAAAGAGAACGUCAUAUGCCAGAGGCAGGCUGUCGCUUGGCAGGCACAUUGACAGCAACAGCAACAAAGGAAGCACAAGGAGCAGCAGCAGCAGCAACGAGCAGCAACGGGAGUGAAAAGCAUUUUGUGUAUCCUAUUUUGUGUGUGAGCGAGCGCGUGUCCAUGUCCGUGUCCGUGCCCGUGUCCUUAGCCACAGCAGUAGCAAUAGCAAACAACAACAGCAACAACAACAACAACAACAACAACAACAGCAAUUACGGCGUGUAGUUGCUAUAAUGAUAGAUUUCAAAACAAAAUUGAGCAAAUUAUCGUAUAAAACGUGCCCCGGUUGGAAAAUCUAAAAAUAACACAACGAUACAUUCAUAGCCAGCGUCUAAUGCGCCAUUGAAAUCCUCGUCGUCGUCGUCGUCGUAGUCGCAGUCGUCCUCGUUGUCGAAUUUCGGUGUCUGUUUCGGUGUCGAAGGCGAUAACAAAAUCCAAGUGCCGCUUGUGUUAGGCCCCCACAAAAAAAAGAACCAACUGACUUUAAAUUAUGCAUGCACAUUGAUUUUCUGACGCGUCGUCAUCGCCGUCGUCGUCGUCGCCGUCGUUGUCAUUUUCGUUUUCCUCCUCAUCGCUGUCAACAUCAUUAUCAGCAACAGCAACAACAACAACAACAACAACAGCAACAUUUGUAGGAACAACAACAAUACCAAUAACAACAACAACAACAACAGCCUCUGCCUAUUGGCAAUCUCAUAAAGUCAUUUCUCGUCCCACGUCCUGCCUGCGACGCAUGUUAUCAGCGGAACUGACGUCGUCGGCGUUGUUGAAUGCGAGUUAUCAGCGCACCAACGGCCUAACAAAAGAUGAGGCUUGCCUGUCAACGACAUUUGGAAAGUGCAGAACAACAACCGAAGCAGCAGCAACCGCAGCGGCAACAACCACACCAACGACAAUAUCAGCAGCAGCAGCAAUGACCAAGCAAUUGACAACAACAACUGCAACAAAUGCGGCGUCUAGCAUAACACAAGCGGCAAAUUUGGCGCCCACGGUUAUCUCGCCGACAACAACCGUGGCAACACCAACCAUAGCAGCCGCAUCGACAACAGCAACAACAACAACAAUAACGGAGGGAGCAUUGACUGCAACAAUAACAACAACCACAGAAACAACAAAAACCCAGUCUCAAGCACAGCCAACAAUAGCAACAAAGACCACAAGUGCAACAAAAGCAGCAUCAACAACAUCAACAACCACAACAGCAUCUGCAUCUGCCUCAGCGUCGGCAUCAAGCGAUGCCAGCGGCCGUUCAGCGGCUUUGGAACGUGCUUACGUCCACGAUGUGUACGAGCAUUGCGAGGAGCCAACGCGACCGCCGCGUCCCCGAGUGGCACAAUUUCUGGGCAACUUGGAGCCCGGGUCGGUGGUCUGCGACGUAGGUUGCGGCAGUGGGCGUUAUCUUACACAGUGUAAUCCUGCUAUAUGCACCAUUGGCAUAGAUCGUUGCUAUCGCUUGAGCAAGGCAGCCCAUGAGAAGGGCGGUGAGGUGGCGCUGUGCGACAAUCUGGAGCUGCCCUUUCGUGACGAUAGCUUCGAUGCGGUUCUCUCGUUGGCCGUGGUGCAUCACUUUGCCACCACCGAGCGUCGCGUGCGUGCACUCAGGGAGCUGGCGCGUAUCCUGCGCAUUGGCGGCCGUGUGGUUAUCACUGUGUGGGCACUGGAGCAGCGACAUCGGCGUUUCGAGUCGCAGGACGUCCUUAUACCCUGGCAGCCGCCCAAGAAUCGCACCUACUCCUACUCCUAUUCCGACGAGGAUGACGAUGACUAUUUACCGCCCUAUCACGCCUACACGGAGGACUCGACCAACUCCAGUCGGUCGGCGGGCGAUGGCGACAGUUCGAGUCUAAGCUCAUCCUCACCGGGCGAGUCCUGCUAUAGCUUUGUACGUCGUGCAUUACAAAAACUUGCUGGUGGUCGUCGUCAUGCUUGGUUCCUGGACUCGUGGGCAUCCAAGGAGACGCGUAACGACAGUAGUCUGGACUAUGAGGACGCCAAGGAUCUGCCAAUUGAGCUACGGCGCCUCGAAGACUUUGAAGACUUUCCCGAUCCGCCGCUCUCUGCAGGUUUGAAAUCUCGCAGUCUCGGCAGCAUUCUGCAAACGCCGCCGCGUCAAAUCGUACGCUCUCGCUCCAGUGUUCCGAGUCUCGGUGGUCCGCUUGUGCCCUGCGAGACAAAAGCCAGCGCAUCAGCUGCUCUGUUGCUGAAUGCACCCGAGACGCAACUCAAUGGCCGGCACUCGCCGACGCCCACGGGCACAGGCAGUGCGGGUAGCACGCUCAGCCGGCGUCCCAAGCUGAUUAAGCAGAAGCAGUCGCUGUGCGAUGAUGACAACAGCAGCAUCCAAGAGCCGCCAAGUGUGCCCACCACAAAUGCCAACGCCCCGUUUCAAAUGCUCAGCAGCUAUAACAGCGCUAGCGGCGCCGUCAGCAGCAGUCUCUAUACACACAACAGCCCACAGCCCGGUUCCUCGACAGCAUCACCACCAACCGGCAUCGAAGCGAGCGAGUCUCCUGCGGCGCCUACCACGAACUUGAGCGGCUCGCUGCGCAAACAGAGUUCGCUAAACGAAGAGCUGAUGGCGGGCAAUCGUCUGCGGGAAAAAGAACGCGUACGUAAACGCAUCCAGAAGCAGACCUCACUCAAUGAGGCCUUUCUCUGUCGCUCGGCAUUGUUCUCCAAACGACUGCAGAUGAUUCGCGAUGGCUUCACCACGAAAAUCAAGAGCUCCACGGGCAGUCUGGAGCGUGUGACCAAAACGGGCAUCACCAAGCUCAUGCAGAAUAUCAAGAACGCUCCAUCAACCCAAGGGCAACCCGCGACACCACAUCAGCAACAACAGCAGCAGGGGAACAACAACAACAAGCAGCAGCAGUUAGCAUCACCCGCGUCGCACACACAACCGCAUCAGCAUUACCAUCAUCAUCAUCAUCUGUCCAGCAAUGCGGGCAGCUUGUUUCCCGCCCAUCUCCUGUUGUCCAGCACAUCGAGUGGCCCCGUGAGCUAUUGCAGCAUUGUCGACUGCAGUGCGGCCAAUAUUUGCCAAUGCAGCGCCUAUCAGCAGGAGUGCGUUGCCUGUGCCGACAGCGAGCAGGGAAAUGCACGUCGACACUCGCGGGAAUCGGGCUCGGACUCAUCGAAGGACAGCAGCCUACAAUCGGACACUAGCAUUGAGUCGGAAGAUAGCUUCGCCUCGGUCAUCUUCAUACCGAAGCCCGAGCAGCAUCAGCAGCAACUCAACUAUCAGCAACAGCAUCAAAACUCCAGCUCUAGCAACUCCAGUUCCAGCAAUGGCGCUGCUGCUGCCCAAGCGGCACUUGCGGCCGGUGCCACGGCAACGAUAGCAACAAACAACACCACAACAGCCACGGUGCGAUUGCUGCCUACGAAUUCAGUGCCAACCUCACCGCUCAUCAUGCCCUGUCCGCCGACGCCCGCCCAUUCGCCAGCUGCAAUUCAGGGCACUGUGACGUCGCCGCCACAGUCGACGGCAGCUGUUACGGCUGCGAUGGCCAUGUUGACGCCAGCCGCGAAGCCGGCACGUUUCAGCUUCGACGAGGCACACAUCAAGGAGCAGCGGGAGCAACAGCAGCCAACAGCAGCAACUCUAGCUUCAACAACAAUUGCAGCAGUUGCAGCAACCACCUCAGUAACAACAACAAGAACAGCAGCAGCUACAACAACAGCAACUCCUACAGCUGCUGCCAUAACCGUUGUCACAACAGCAGCUCCCAUGGCUGCUCACAAGAUCACGCGCCAAACAAUACGCGAGAUGCCGCCCAUACCCAAGUUCCGCAAACAACAGUCGCUGCAACUGCAACGUCCCAGCUUUCCGAUUGUGCGACGCGCCUCGGGCUCCGGUAUGGCGGGCAGCAGCUCCAAGCUGCUCUCGCUGGAGCUGUUUAAUCCGGCCACCGAUGAUCUGGACAGCGAUUCCAGUGAGCCCUCCUCCCCGGACUCCAUUGACAGUGUCAUCAGCGCACCGCGCUCCGCACAACUGCUCUCGGCGCCCAGCACUGAGGCAGGCGGCAAGUCCAGCGAUGAAUCGGACACGGCGCUGGCGCAAUUUCGCGGCGAGCUGCACAUUAACAAUGCCACAACCAACGGCAAUGACAUCAUACUCAACGCGGACAGUGCUCCAUUGUUGCCAGAGAAGCGUGAAACGAGUCAGGCACAACGGCCGCUGGAUUGCAAUGAGUUUGCCGAAAAGUUGACGGCGCAACUGCAACGUGAACUGGAUGACAAAUGCAAUCGAGCCGAAUGCCGCAGUUUGGAUGGCAUUGGAGACAUCGGCGAGUUUCUCAACGGCGGCCGAAGCUCUAAGAAGCGUUCCAAUGGGGAUUUGAGUGCAUUGCGCGAUGAGCUGCGAGAACGUCGCCUGAUGCUCGCCAAUCUGUCCACGCAACACAGUCUACAGCAAUCGCCGGUGUCUUCUUCAACUUCCUCGUUGUCCUCACAGACGCGCAGCUUUACUAUACAUGAGGAGCAGGAGGGCGAGGAGGAAGAUGAGGAGAAUGAGCGAAGCUAUACGCUGGGCAUCUACGAGCACUGCAAGGUCUCCAAGUUCAACUACAAGCGCAAUCGCAACUACAAUCUCAAUGCCGAGACGGCGUAUCUGCUGCAAGAAGAUGGGGACAGCGAUCAGCGCGAUGAUGAUGAUCACAUUCGGGAAGAAGACGAGGAUGCCGAGGCGCUGGAGGCACGUGGCGGAGAUCAGCUCGGCGCUGGCAUGCAUGAGUAUGGCCAGCGACGCCGAAACUUUGGUUCCAUCAAGUCCAUGACAUCGAGCGGAUCCAGUUCGACGGAAACGGUGUCGACCACAUCGCAGCCACCGCAAUCACUGCAGCAGCGCGCCUCCAUCGAGUCCCUGGAGCACUCGAAUAGCUCAACAGCCUCACUGGAUAGCCCCUCACAGGGUGGCGGGGCGACCACACAUCAUCGUUUCUAUCACGUCUUUCGCGAGGGUGAAUUGGAUGCACUGAUCAAUCACCAUGUGGCCAGUCUGCAUAUUGUUAGCUCGUACUAUGAGCGUGCGAGUUGGUGUGUUGUAGCCGAGAAGGUGCAGGUGUGGACGAUUUAAGUUAAGAACCUAUGAUCUAUACUACUUAUGUUAAGAAAAUUGAGAACAAAUAUUGCAAAAAAAACAAAAACAAAAA